AGCUAAUAGGACCAAGGAUAAAUAAGCGGCAUGUUCUUGUAAUCAAUGAUACCGUCGAAGGUCAUCGGGAUUCGGGGCUUAUAUAUACCCGACGGGUGCCUGGAAGACCAUCGUCAGUGCCGCAAUGAAGCUCCUGGCUCUCAUUUCCCUGCUGGUGGCAGCCGAGGCUGCCCAGCUUCAAAACUACGGCGUACCGCGUAGUUCGACGUCCGUUGGUAUUGGAGGGUUAGUGUCGUCAUCAUCUUCCUUAUCCGGCUCUUCCUCCAGCUUGCUAGGAGGAGGAAGUGUCUUCUCCACGCCCCAGGGAUCACCCAACAGCUUCGUUUCCUCGUCUCAAUCUGGAAUUGGCAGUUUUGGAGGCUCCUCAGUCUCUGGACAAGGCUCAAGUAACUUUGGUUCUACCUCGUUUGGGCAAGGGUCAAGAAAUUUUGGCUCCUCGUUUGGUCGAGGAUCGAGUAGCUUCGGUUCCUCAUUGGGACGAGGGUCAAGUAGCUUUGGUUCCUCCUCUUUGGGACAAGGGUCAAGUAGCUUUGGUUCCUCCUCUUUUGGACAAGGGUCAAGUAGCUUUGGUUCCUCCUCUUUGGGACAAGGGUCAAGUAGCUUUGGUUCAAACAGUUAUAGCUUUUCAGGUUCGUGCCAACCUGGAGAGGUCCGCCACGUCGAUGGUCGUUGCGUGGUCCCAGAGGUCAGAAGCAACUACUAUUCUUACAGAAUCCCCAACCUGCCAAGAAUCAGUGGCCCAACCCCAGCCCUCCCACCACCAAAAGUUGACAAUAACAUCCUGUUCGUUCAUCUGCCAGAGGAUGCUGGUGCUAAUGAUCCCAUCAUUGUUCCACCAGCACAGCAAAACAACGUUGUUUACCUUCUGAAGAAACAGAAUGAACAAGGACAGAGAGUGAUUACCGUGCCUGACCAGCCUCGUAAGAGCCCAGAGGUAGUCUUCGUCAAUUACAGGCCAGGGGAGAAUCCCAGCCUCCCUGGAGGCAUCGAUCUCCAGACUGCCCUCAGCUCUGCAUCACAGGGGACUGGACAGGUCAUCAGUGGAUCAAGAGGAAGCGGAGGAAGUGGAUUUGGUGGCCAAUCUUUCGGUGGAUUCAGCCAAGGCGGAUUUGGAGGAUCAAGCAGCCUCACCAGUGGAGGAUCAAGCAGCUUCACCAACGGAGGAUCAAGCAGCUUCACCAGUGGAGGAUCAAACAGCUUCACCAGCGGAGGAUCAAACAGCUUCACCAGUGGAGGAUCAAACAGCUUCAAUAAUGGAGGAUCAAACAGUUUCACCAGUGGAGGAUUAAGCAGCUUCCCCAGUGGGCAAGGAUUGGUAGGAUUUUCUGGACAGUCUGGAAGCAGCAUUAGCAGUGGGCAACUGUCAGGCGGAUUGGCUGAUCAGUCCUUCGGUGGCUUCAGCAGUGGAGGAUUAUCCAGUGGAAUUAGCAGUGGAGGAUUAUCCAGUGGAAUUAGCAGUGGAGGAUUAUCCAGUGGAAUUAGCAGUGGAGGAUUAUCCAGUGGAAUUAGCAGUGGCAUUGGCAGGUUUGGCUUCUCUGGUGAUGCAAGCCAGUCCAACAUCAUUUCCAGUGGAAGUGACCUGGGCUUUUCUUACAUUUUUGCGUCCCUGUACGCUGCAGUGGAAUGCUGUUUGCAGCAGGGCUACUCCUUGCCCACUAUGGGACCCUCUGGUUUCGGUGGUUUCGGUGGGAGCAGUAAUGCGCUUCCUGUUGCGCCACCUCCGCCUGUGUCUGUCAUAGCCGAUGAUUUAUCCAUGGAGGCUCCCUUCAGUAUUAAACAUGUUCAUUCUUCAGGCCACCUCCACUUCGGCUUCGGCACCUUUGGCGGCUUCAGGGGUGGCAUCUCCCCCGGCCCUUCCUGCAACGAUGGGCAGUUCCUGCAUGUCGACGGGAGGUGCGUCACUCCCCAAGUCACGCGCCACACCUACGUUUACGACGUCCCCGCUCAGCCCUGUCCCGUUGGACCUCCAGCCAACAUUCCCCUGCCCAAGAUUGAGCACAAUAUCCUGUUCGUGCGUCUGCCAGAGGGCGGCGGCGACCUGGAGCCAAUUGUGUUACCCCCGCCCCACCAGAAGAACAUCGUGUACAUCCUGAACAAGGGAAUCGCAGUCGGUGGCCAGAAGGUCAUCAACGUCCCAGCCCCACCCAAGAGCCAGCCUGAGGUCUACUUCGUCACUUAUGACGACGGCCAGAACCCGACUCUCCCUGGAGGUGUGGACCUCCAAACGGCUCUAAACAGCGCCGUUCAUCAAGGGGUCGGGCAGGUCAUUGGAGGUGGAUCGAGUAGUGGCAUCUCUGGUGGCAUUAUCUCUGGAGGUGGCAUCUCUGGCGGAAUCAUUUCAGGAGGUGGUAUAUCUUCUGAUUUUGGUGUUUCUGGAGGCGGGGGCAUCAUUCCUGGAGACUCCAUCAGCGGUAGCAGCAUCUCUGGAGACUCCACCAGCAGUAGCAGCAUCUCUGGAGACUCCAUCAGCGGUGGUAGCAUCUAUGGAGACUCCACCAGCGGUAGCAGCAUCUCUGGAGACUCCAGCAGCUGUAGCAGCAUCUUUAGAGGCUCCAUCAGUGGUACCAGCAUCUUUGGAGGCUCCAUCAGCGGUAGCAGCAUCUCUGGAGACUCCAUCAGUGGUGGCAGCAUCUCUGGAGACCCCAUCAGCGGUGGCUGCAUCUCUGGAGGUUCCAUCAGCGGUAGCAGCAUCUCUGGAGGCUCCAUCAGCGGUGGCAGCAUAUCUGGAGGCUCCAUCAGCGGUACCAGCAUCUCUGGAGACUCCAUCAGCAGUGCCAGCAUCUCUGGAGGCUCCAUCUCUGGAGGCAUCUUAUCUACACCCUCUGGUCUCCACUCCCUUCCUUAA